AUGGAUGCUGAGAAUCAGACGCAGAUCAGAGAGUUUAAACUCUUGGGAUUUCCCAGCCAUCCAAGCUAUCAGAUCACCCUCUUCUUCUUGUUCCUGGUCACCUACGUGGUGACUGUCAUGGGCAAUCUCACUAUCCUAACCCUGGUCAUCCGGGAUUCCCGUCUCCACAACCCCAUGUACUUCUUCCUCAGCCAUCUCUCCUUCUUAGAUAUUUGCCUGUCCUCCACUGUGGUUCCCAAGAUCUUGGUGAACGUUGUGCGCCAGAGACACACCAUCUCCUACAAUGGGUGCCUGGCGCAGGUCUUCUUCCUGAUCGGCUUUGCUGGAACUGAACCUGCCCUGCUGGCCAUCAUGGCCUACGACCGCUAUGCUGCCAUUUGCCAGCCUUUGCACUACACCCACCUCAUGAGUAACAGGGUAUGUGUUAUGCUUGCUUCAGCCCUUUGGCUCUGGGGUUUCCUGAACUCAGCUGUUUACACAGCCCUGGCCUCCAAGUUGUCGUUCUGUGGAGUCAACCUGGUUCCCCACAUCUACUGCGAUGUGCCACCACUCAUGAAAAUUGCUUGUGGUCAUGCGCAUGCCGACGAUCUGGUUAAUCACAUCACAAGCACUUUUGUGGGCCCGGUGCCCUUCGUCUUCAUCAUCCUCUCCUACUUCUACAUCCUGGCCUCCAUCCUGCGCCUCCACUCCAACAUGGACAGGCAGAGAGCUUUCUCCACCUGUGGGUCUCACAUCACCGUGGUCACCCUCUACAUUGGAAACGGAUUCCUGAACUACAACCAGCCGAGGGCUGGCUACUCCCUAGCGACGGACACUCUGGUUUCCUCCAUGUUCUGCAUCGUCACCCCCAUGCUGAACCCCCUCAUCUACAGCCUGCGCAACCAGGAAGUCCGGGAAGCCCUGAGGAAGGUUCUGCAUCGCCAAAGGACAGGUUAA